AUGGUUGGCAAGCACUGGGUCACUCGCUUCCUUGCGCGCUACGGCUACGGCAUCAAGAAGCAGAAGACAUUGGAUUCUAACCGCCAGGUUGCAGAAGAUGUCGACAAAGUUAACCACUACUUCCAACGACUACGGAAGAUUAUCGAAACCCAUGGCAUCAGCCCUGAAGAUAUCUGGAAUAUGGACGAAACGGGGUUCCAACUCGGCGUAGGCAAGGAUCAGUUGAUUGUCACUAAGCGAGAGCGAUCGCACUACUUUGCCGUUCCCACGAAUCGCGAAUCUGCCACUGCAAUAGAGGCUAUCUCGGCCGGUGGGUGCCACUGUCCUGGCUUCCUAAUUCUGACUGGAUCCAAGCACAUGGCUCGUUGGUAUGCAGAGUCUGUGGGCUUGGAUGAAGAUACAGCCCUGGGUCUCUCAGAGACUGGCUACUCGAAUGACGAAUUGAGCCUCGAAUGGAUCCGGCAUUUUGACAAGCACACUGCAUCUACUGCCAAAGGGGUGAAGCGAUUGUUGAUCCUGGAUGGCCAUGGCUCUCACCAUACGAAGGAGUUUAUUGAGUACUGUGACAGCCACAACAUUAUACCUUUUGGCUUACCGUCGCACUUGACGCACAUUCUUCAGCCACUGGAUGUGUGUGUAUUUCAGCCUCUGAAACAUUAUCAUGCCAAGGCCCUGGAUCUGGCCGUUCGCGACGGCUGCACCAAUGUCACCAAGCUAGAAUUUUUAGCUACCAUUAAUGAUGUACGCAAGCGCGCCUUCAGGCGCAGUACGAUCUUCUCUGCAUUUCAGAAAACUGGGAUUUAUCCAUUCAACCCACAUGUGGUUCUCCAAGUACUGGAAUCUCGGCAGCCGCACACACCUACACCUGAGCCGCAAAUACCAAUUGGAUCCUCGCCCUUUGAGACACCUCUGACCCUGCGUGCAAACAAAGAGAGAUCUUGGCAGCACCAAGUUGGCCGAGACGUGGCAAAGCGGCGCAGGGCCAUGAAGAAUAGGACCUUGCAGCGAGGAGGAGUGCUUACAGUGGCCAAUGGCCGGCAUAUGGUGCGACGAAGAGAGGACGCAGCGUUGACGGAGGCGAGGCGCCGCGUACAGGCGGCGGAACAACGGGCUCGUAAUGGAUACAAGCGGUGGUUUGAUGCAGCAGCAAAAGAGGCACGUAAAUGGAGGACUUCUGGAAGGCUAGAACCGGCGGCCAUUUAUGAAACGGACCGCAGUUGUAGGCUGUUGAAGCGAUUCUAG